GCAAAGAUCCGCCCGUCCACCCGUCCCACGCUGGCUCCUGAUAGGCUACCAGAGCUGUCCGUUUUGACAGGGGUGCUGUGCGCAGGCGCGGAAAGGUACCGGGACUGGACGGAGUGCCGGCGUCGCGGAGCUACCCGUUUGUUUGGAGAUGGCAGAGGUGGAGGAGACACUGAAGCGACUUCAGAGCCAGAAGGGAGUACAGGGCAUCAUCGUGGUGAACACAGAAGGCAUUCCCAUCAAGAGCACCAUGGACAAUCCCACCACCACACAGUAUGCCAACCUCAUGCACAACUUCAUCUUGAAGGCUCGGAGCACGGUGCGUGAAAUCGACCCCCAGAAUGACCUCACCUUCCUGCGAAUUCGCUCCAAGAAAAAUGAAAUUAUGGUUGCACCAGCAAAGGCAUCUCCAGCUUGCCCUUGAGGACCCACAGGCAUUCACAGUUAAUGGGUGUUGUUGGUGCUUGAGUCCAGGGUUGGCAACUCCCAAGUUAGAGGUUCUCCUUGGAGUUCACAGGCCCAGAAGCCCCUCAGGUUUGUCAGUGGAGGUGAGGAUGGAAUGGCUGGACUCCUUCUGAGCGACACACAGAGGCCUGCAGGGAGGGCUUGCACACCCUCUCACUCUUGCUCGCUCACUCUGUCUUGCACUCACGCUCCCACAGUGCCACACACACACAUUCUCUUGUGCUGGAGAGCUGUGUGACUUUUUGAGGUUGCCUUCAACAGGGUGAGUGUUCCUUCUGAACACCCUCACCACUUCUCCAGCCAUUCUGCUGCCUUCUAGAGCUUCAAGAGACUC